AAAAAAUAAAAAGAGAGAGCGGAGAAUAGUUUUGCUUGAAUCGCAAGUUUCUCUCAAAGAAAUGGCAAAUCAUCAGACCUUUAUUUCAUACUAUAUUGUUUUGAUUCUCGUGCCAUUUGUAUGGUCGUCAAACACUUUGACAGCUAACCAAAUUCUCUCGAUCUCAAGCAAUCGCACAAUGAUUUCUCCCGGUAACGUUUUCGAGCUCGGUUUCUUCAAACUCGCCGGGUCUAAUACUAAAGAAGAUGGCGAGCGUUGGUACCUAGGCUUGUGGUUCUACAAAGCUAGUUCGAAGAUGAAUCCUCUUUGGGUAGCUAAUCGAGAGAGCCCCUUGUAUGAUUCCAAGGGAGCCUUAAAAAUAUACAAGUCCAACCUCGUCAUUGUCAAUCAAUCUGGAAACAUUAUAUGGUCCUCUUCGAAUGCGGUAGUCCCUUCUCCUCCUAAAACAUCUUCGGUGGUAGCAGAGCUUCUAUCUAACGGAAACUUCGUGUUGAGAUACUCAGACGACAACAGGGGGGAUUCGUUUCUUUGGGAAAGUUUCGAUUACCCGACCGACACACUACUCCCUGGGUCUGAUUUGGCUAAAGGCGUCAACAGAAGCCUUACUUCGUGGAUAAGCAACAACAACCCUUCUACCGGAAUUUAUUCGUAUGCAUUGCUGAGCAAAAAUCAGGAGAUGUUUUUGUUGGACGCGAAAUCAUCACCGGUUUACAGAAGAAGUUUCGGUUUAAAGACACCUUAUGCACUUGGCAAUGGAUACUACUUGCUACUACUGCAAGUUACAUAUGACGGAUUAUUACAGCAGUUUUCGUGGUCUCCAACUACACGUGAAAAGACCUUGCUAUGGCGUGGGCCCAGAGAUAGAUGCGAUCUUUACGGCAAGAUUUGUGGUUCUAACAGCGUCUGCAGCCUUGAGAAGGUGGACGUUCACGUGUUUGCCGGCUGUACGUGUUUCAAAGGCUUUAAGCCAAGAAACUGGCGGGGAUGGUGGUUAAGAAACAUGACAGAAGGAUGCCAGAGAAUAAGUCGGUUGAACUGUACUGGCAAUGGGUUUCAAGUUCUGAAGAAUGUCAAGUUGCCAGAUACAAAGGACGCGGGUUUGGAGAGGAGCAUUGGUCCAAAGGAAUGUAGACAAAGGUGUAUAGAAGAUUGCAGCUGUACGGGGUUUGCUAAUGUGGAGUUGGAUUGCUUCCUUUACAGUUCUGAUCUAGUUGAUUUACGAACACUGCAAAGUGGUCAACAAUUAUACAUCAAAGUGGCUACUAGUUAUCUCGGCAAAACUAGAAGGUUUAGUGGAACAAUCAAAAGGGUUAUAAUUGGUGGCGGAGGAGCCAUCUGCAGUGUUCUGGCUUUCACCAUCUUAUGGUGGUGCUGGAAGAUAAUGCAGAAGCCAUCAGGAGCAACUGAUUUGCUAAUCGACGGAGAUAGAACUGACUCGUACGAGGUUGUGGCAGCUCGAGUUCAACGGAUAGAGUUUCUAACUAUAGCUGAAGCAACAAACGACUUUUGUGAUUCAAACAUACUUGGCAAAGGUGGAUUUGGUACAGUUUACAAGGGAAAAUUAGUUGAGGGGACAGAUAUCGCUGUGAAGAGACUGACCAGAAUGUCAGAUUCGGGAACCUCUCAGUUCUUGAACGAGGUGAAUUUAAUUUCAGAACUUCAGCACUUCAAUGUUAUUAGUCUACUUGGGUAUUGUUUCCACAGUGACGAGCACAUAUUGGUGUUCGAGUACCACGCAAAUCGAAGCCUUGAUUUGUAUAUCUUUGGAAGUACCGAAAGCUCUAAGCUAAGUUGGAAAAUAAGACAUAAAAUAAUUAAAGGAAUCGCAAGAGGAAUGACGUAUCUCCACCACGAUUCAUGUGUAACGAUCAUCCACCGAGAUUUGAAAGUAAGCAACAUCUUGCUUGAUAAAGAUAUGAAUCCCAAAAUAUCGGAUUUUGGGAUUUCUCGACUAGUUAGUAGAGACCAUAUCCAAACCAACACGAAUAAGGUAGCUGGAACCCGGGGAUACAUAGCUCCCGAGUGCUGGUCUGACAAGAUAUUCACAAAAAAAACUGAUGUCUUUAGUUUUGGAGUUGUGAUUCUUGAAAUAAUAAGCGGCAAGGCGAACUAUAAGUUCACCAACUCUAAGGGAGAGACUAGUCUCCUCACAUGCAUGUGGAGGAACUGGGAAGAAGAAAGCUUGCUUGAGGUAGUUGAUCCAUCCAUUAUGGAUUCAUCAUCUUCACCGUUAACAAUGAUUCAGAUCGUUCGAUAUACCCAAAUUGGUCUGUUAUGCAUUCAAAAUAUUCCACAAGACAGACCUACAAUGUCCUCCCUUGUGGUAAUGUUUGAAAGUUCAACCGAACUUCCUCGUCCUAAACCUCCCGUUUAUUUUAACAGUGACACUACAUACAGUACUUUUGAGAUCGGUUCUACAUCUAUGUCGACAACAAUGUCCUCCCUUGUGCGUACAGAAUAUUCCACGAGACAUACCUACAAUGUCCUCCCUUGUGGUAAUGUAAGAAAGUUCAACAGAGCUUCCUCGGCCUAAACCUCCCGUUUAUUUUAACUAUGACACUACGAACAGUACUUUUGAGAUCGGUUCUACGUCUACGUCGACCAUACGGCCAACCAGCAAAUAUCAGUCAACUAUAGAACCUAGCUAAAGUUGAAAUGUUUUACUUUUCCUUAUAUCAAUAAACAUCAUGUAUGUAUUUUGUUGGAUACGGAUCUGACUUGUCUAUUUGAGUGAAGUUC